GGAUCCUCAACUUCUCAUAAUACAGCAUGCAUUAGUUGGAACUCUGGAGAGUCAGGCUCUUACAUCCUCGGUGGGCUAUUUCAAGGCGUGCCUGAGCAGAUUGAAGGAUUGUCAAAGUAAAGCUAAGGACUGUCAUAAUAGGGGAGAAAGGUGAGAGAUGGCGCUAUGCGGGAUGGUUGCCAACAUAACACAGCUCCUAGGGGUGGACUUAUUUGGGCUGAUCAGCAUGAUCGAGAAGGCUGCGCAGACGGUAAGCCAGAAUGAGGAGGCGUGCAGACGGAUCACUGACCGUGCAUCGAUGAUCAAGAAUCGGCUGGAACAGUUACAGCAAGUCUCAAGAUCCUUCGAGCACCUGGAGAUGUGGAAGCCGAUGAAGGGGCUGAAGAGCACCCUCCGCAGAGCAUACCGGCUCAUCAUAGGCUAUCAGCAUAGCAGCUACAUGUACAAGUUCUGCUGUGGAUCUGAUCUCGCCAAGGAGUUUGAGUCAGUGCAGAAGGAUAUGGAUCUCUGGAAUCAGCAUCUGACUGAUUUGAAAAUGGACAUCCAGUUCGAACUCACAGUUGUUGACACGGGGAGCUUGCAUGGAAAAAGGAACAUCAUCAAGCAGGAUGGUGCUCAUUUACCUCCUGCUGGGUCGCCAGCUAGUCAUUUGAACAACAAUGACAGGGGAAAACUGGUUGGCGAUUUAGGACAGUUUCAAUUGCUUGCAGAUCCAUCAGAUAUUGUUGAAGAUUUUACAAUAAAGAGCCAAAUAUCAAGGUGCUGCUGUUGGUGUCCCAACAUCAGCUACAAAGGAACAGAUCUUACCAAGUUCGGUUUCUCUCAGUUGGCACAUGCGACAAAUUACUUCUCACUGGAAAAUAAAAUUGGAUUCGGUGGCUCCAGCUAUGUUUACAAGGGCCAGCUAAAAAUGGGACUCGAGGUCGCAGUCAAAAGAGCAUCAUAUGAAGGGAAAAUUCCAUUUAAACACUUUCAAAAUGAAAUUGAGCUAAUUCCAAAGCUUCAGCAUGCAAAUAUAGUUAAGCUUCAAGGAUAUUGUAUCCGAAAGGGAGAAAGGAUCUUGGUAUUUGAGUAUAUGCCAAACGGAAGCUUGGAUUCCUUCAUAUAUGAAGGUGAGAGAGCAAGGGAGUCACUUGAGUGGCCAAAGCGCCGUCAAAUAAUCGAAGGGAUAGCUCAGGGAGCUAAGUAUCUGCAUCAAUUGUGUGAGCCACACAUAAUUCACGGGGAUUUAAAGCCAGGCAAUAUACUCUUGGAUUCUGACUUCAUCCCUAAGAUUUGCGACUUUGGGAUAUCGAAAGCACUAAAGCCGGGUGCAGAUGAGGACUGCACUGGCAUUGUAACAGGCUCACGGGGGUUCAUUGCACCUGAAUAUAUCAGGCAAGGCUGUUUAUCCAAAAAGUCUGAUGUGUACAGCUUUGGAGUUACCCUUCUUCAGAUCAUUAGCAGGAAGAGGCUCCCUCCACCUCCGCUAGAACUAUCAGCUGAAUCACGUCACUAUGGGCCUCUUAAUAAAUGGGCGUGGGACUUAUGUGCAGCAGGAGAGCUGCUGGAGUUCAUCGAUCCAUCGCUGCAUGACAAGCGUCAAAAUGCCGAGAUAAUGAGAUGGGUUAAGAUAGCACUGCUAUGCGUUCAGGAGGAUCCAGAGAAGCGACCGAGCAUGUCCGAUGUUCUUGAAAUGCUGGGCUCUGAGGACGACAUCCAGAUACAACCCAGCCGACCUGCUUACUACUGAAAAAGAGAUUUCAUAUGCUGGUUAAGCUCAAGCUGAAGAUCAACAAUUUGAGCUGAAACUGGACCGAGCUGAAACAUAAUGUAUGCAUGUAUUCUCUGACGGCUGAUGCUACAGUACCAUAACUUCCAUUAGAAAAAAAAACAUUUAUUGUUCUGCAUUUUGUGGUGUUGCUUCACAUUAGAAAAAAAAACUCUCAAGUUAGUAAUUCUCUAUGAAUGUGCCAGUGGUUUUGUUUUC